CUCCCUCCGUGUGUGUGUGUGUGUGUGUGUGUGUGUGUGUCUAGCAAGCAAGCAAGCAGUUGGGCACAGUGUGACUCAGUAGCCAGUGUUGGUUCAAAUUUCAGUCUCUCCCUGAGUUGCCUAUUUCAGAUGUAUUUAAACGCAACACAAUUUGGUGAAAACUAUUCUUGUGGUGAUUGACUCAAUCCUGUGUGCACAACUAAGCAUACCUAAGUCUCUCUGAGGAACAAAGUAAGUUAAAUACCAAUUUGACACCUUCCAUAAAGAUGGGUCUUAUAGAGUGACUGAGAAAAACAGUUUAAAAGGAGGAUCUGGUCCAAGAAAGUCUUCAACCACACACAUUUUCCAAAGUUCACCAGUCUAGUCUGCCCCAGCCUUCUGGGUGGAAAACUGGUUUUGCAUUCCUUCCCUUGAAGGAACAACCCUGUGUUCUUAACAGUCCACCUCCCCCUAGUGCAUGUCUGUGAGCACAGAGACCUCAGUGCCCCUUACUAUUACAUAAUAACAAAAACAAGCAUGAGAAUCCAAAUCUGUGCUUUCCUCAAGUCAGCCUGUUGUAAAAGUUUCCACUGAUGGAUCCCAUCAAUGACAUGUGCUUUGUUUAACCAGCUAUGAAUCUAUCUACUGUUUGUUUCUUUGGCUUUUUCUCAUAAAAUGAUUUCUCUCUCUAUUCUACUUCCCCAAAGAACCUCACGACGUAGCCCUACCUGGCCUGGAAUUUGCUGUCCAUGCUAGGCUGGCCAUGACCUCACCGAGGCCUGCCUUCCUCUGGCUCCAGAGUGCUGUGAUUAGAGGUAUGUGCCUUCAUGCCUGUCCCUCAAGCAAUCCCUCUGGGCUCUCAUUAGUUCCGUACUCAUGGGAGCUGGAGAGAAGACUCAACAGUUAAGAGCAUCUGUGGCUCUGACAGGGGAUCUGGAUCCAGUUCUCAGCAACGACUUGAUGGUUCACAACUGUAACUCCAGUUCCAGGGGAACAGAUGCCUUCUUCUGGCCUCCAUAGGAACUAGGUAUAUCCAUUGUGCACUUAAAUACAAAUAGGUAAAAUAUUUGUGCAUAUAAAAUAAAAUAAUCUUUAAAAAUACUGCACUUAGGGCUUAAAAACAUCUUGAGUCUUUCAUUUCCCCUGGGGUCUUCAACUGGCUGUCUUCAAUUUGUCCCCUAGAUUUAGCGUCCCCACCCUCUGUGUGUCCCUGGAGAUUGACAGUUCCUACCACAGCAAUGGUUCUUUCACUCUGUAGUUGAAUUUCCAGUUGCCUUUGGCUAAGAGGACAAGCAAUUGGAAGAAGACAGACUAGCUGGUUGAUGUGCUUAUCCUCUGGGCUCUCCUGGUACAAGGUCACUUGAGUUUUACACCCACACCUAGCAGCCUCACUGUUACUAAUCCAGCAUACUGUCCCACUGACCCUCUGCGGUUUCCUUCCUCCCUGCUCAGCUUUGUGCUUAGAUCCAUUGCAAAAGUCUCCUUGGAAGGUAACCUGACUGAACACACCACCUGUCACCGGCCAAGAGCCCAACAUAAAACAUGUCCACAAAGUGAGCAAAAAUUAGUUAACUGUGACUGUCACUGGGGAACACAUCAAUUUCUUCCCAUGGCUGCCUUCUUUUUCAGGGGCUCAGGGGCCAUUCUUUUUACCUCAUUUCCUCUGUGCUCCUGUAAUCUCACGGCCCUUAGUUUAUGAGCAUCUUUUGUUAUAAAUCCCACGGAUCUCCUCAGCAUUUGCUGGGCUUCGUUCUUCAGGAUUCUCUAAAGUGCCCUAGAGGUUAGACCAUUCACCCUUUAAGGACUUUCAGGCAAAAUAGACCAAAUUAUGCUGUGAUAGGGAACAUGUGCCAACAUGUUUUGCUCUGGGUGGUGUGGGGCACCGGAUUUCUCUGUGUAGCCCAGGCUGGUCUUGAUGUCAGAAUCCUACCUCUGCCUCUGGAAUGGUGAGGUUACCAUUAUGCACUCCUUUACUUAUUACUCAUCCUCACCACAGAUCCAUCAUGGCUUGGCAAGAGAUUCAAAUCACCGUGAGGGACCCAAAUGGCAGACCUGCCUCGGCUGAAAUGAUGUCAACCAGAGUACUAGAGGGAAAGAGAGAUCUGAAAGAUCCUUCAUGGGCAGUUAGAUGCUUGGUCCCCAGAUGGCACCACUGGUCCUGUGGUCCCUUCACAUCUCAUGUGGCCAGGAAGGACAUUUUCAGGGUGCCUAGGAGGGGUCAGUCCCUUUGGGCAGUAUUGUUGUUUCCUGUGCAUGCCUUAAUGUCCUACUUGCCUUAUAAGGUCUCUUGAGGCAGAGACUUUUUGCUCUGUUCCUCUCUGCAUUUAGGGGGUGCCUUGUUCAGCUACAGGUUACUUUUUUUCAUUUAUUUUUAAAAAGUUAUUUUAUUAUAUUAUUAUUAUCAUUAUUACUAUUAGUGGUGGUAGUAGUAGUAGUAGUUGUAGUAGUAGUAGUAGUAGUAGUAGUAGUAGUAGUAGUAGUAAUAGUUGAAGUAGUAUUCGUAGUAUUGAGCUAGAGUUACAGGAAGUUGUGAACCGCCUUAUGUGAGUGCUAAGCAGGGAACUCCAGUCCUCUGCAAACAGUAUAUACUGGGCCGUCUCCAGCUUCAGUUACAGUUGUAGAAAUGAAUAGUGUAGGGAAGCAGGAGAGCAUCCUGUGUGAUGGUCAUCGGAGCCAGAAGUUGCUAAGGUACCAGUGACUGUGUUAAAUUUUAGUGUCCAUUGCAAAUACCAGUUUUUUUCCCCCACAGUAGAAUCUCCAGCAAGAGGCAAAAAGAUUAACCCAGAAGGAAAUAUGCCUCUUCCAGAUGCACUAUUGUUUAUUCUGAAAUAGCUAAGCAGUUUGUGUUGGAAUCACCACAAUCAGCUUUUCCUUUGUGGCGAGGCAGCAGCGAACAUGUGUUUGCUUUAUGCAUCGUGUAAUAUGAAGGUAAGAGGGGGCUGUGUGCAAAGAUAAUGUGAGGGAGAAAUCUUACUAACACAAAAGCAAUGGAUCCAGACCAGGAGUGGGAUGUGGGGCUCAUAUAGCCCACAGCCACUAUUCGCUGCUGAUCUCCUCCUCUCUUUCCUCUUUUUCAGUCUCCCUGUAUACUCGUGGCUUGCCUUAGGCUCACAGAAAUCUUACUGCUUUAGCCUCCUUAGUGCUGGGAUUACAGGUACUGGGAUGCAGUGACAUCCAAGGCGAGCCUGGAGAAAGCCAUACACAGGGCUGAGAAGAUUGAGAUGGACCUUCAGCACAUGCAGGCCGAGGGCCUUGGCAGGGUAUCUGUAGCAGACAGAGGUUUCUGGAACCCAUGAUGGAACGUGGAGAAGGAGGAAACUAAUGUCACUCCGAUAACUGCCCAGGUUGAAGUCCCCUCCAGUCACCAUUUCACCACUGUGGUGGCCUUUUCAUACACGGUAGGUAUCUUUGCAGGGCUAUGAAGCUAGCUGUGAGCUCACACUCACUUCCUGGAGAAGAGUAACAGUCCCUCCCUCUGUCACAGCCCGGCCAGCUCUCCAGUGAGCACAUCCUCUGAUGGGGUUUCCUAUGCUGAGAUUAAAUGGUGCUCUUUGAUCUGCUUUGGAAAGCUGCUCCGAGGACAGCUUCCUUUGGUGUCAGGAUACCUCCCAACACAUAUGCUUCCUUCAUCACUGGUCUUUUUAUGGAAUGGGCUUCAGCUUUAUUCUAACUAACCGUGGAUGUUUGCCUGAAGGUGGAUUCUUUUCCCUUUUAUUUUACUUGAGGGAUGGGAAGGGGUGAGAAAUAGCUGAUCCACCAUGAUUAUAGAAGAACUUGAGACUCACAGACAGGAGGAUGUGAGCCUCAGCUCUGAGUGACCCUGGGCUUUUGCUUUAUUUCUCUGAGCCUCCAUGCUCUGAAUUAGACCCAUAUUAGGCAUGACAAACAUUUAAGAAACAGCUUUUAAGACCUGUUCAUCAGAAGGAGCUGCUGAAUGUUCACAGGGAAAUCUCUGCCUCGACCACUCAAAAUCAUCUGGAUCCAACACAGAGGAACUUUCUGGUCUUCCAGGACACAUAGUGAGUGAGACCCCCCCCCCUCCCCCAGGCUGCGGACAGAGCACAUCCCCCUGUCAGUGAUGCUUUAGAGGUCAGGACAAUGGGUCAGACAUGGACAAAGGCUUUGUAUCAGGGAAUGAAGCAGACUCACUUCUUCCAUUGGAGCCAGGCAGGGAGAAGAGAGAAAGUCAGUGAAUCAACUGUAGUGUGGUUAGGGCUAGUGGAGGACUGCAGAGAGCUUCACUGAUUCUGCUUUUCUGGAAACUUCCCUCUCAGAGGAGAUGACAUUUGAGUUGGGGCUUAGAGCAUGAGCCAGGGGUCUCUAGAGAGACGGGGUUAUUAAAAACAUUGCUGGUGGUAGAAAGCAAAGCGGAGAGGCGUAGUGGAAGAACCGCUGUGGUCUGAAUUUAGACUGCCCCCUCAGUGCACGUGUUAAAGGCUUGAGCCUUAGCACACCGCUGUUGAGGAGUGGUAGAGCCAGUGGGGCCUGUGGGACCUUGAAGGAGAUUGGGUAGCACUUGUCUCCUUCUUUGACUUCCCAGUUACAGUGUGAUGAACAGGUUCCUCUAACCGCAGGACCCCAUUGUGAUGUGCAGUCUCUCCACAGGCGCCAAGAAAUGAAUAGGCAGUAUCCUCUGAAAAUGUGAGCCACAGCCAACACUCUCCUCCUCACAGAUUGUUCGUCCAAGGUAUUUGUGAGGGAAACUGAAUGCUGAAGCAAAGGGUUGCUCUCUGCGUUCUAUGGCUGGACUACUGAGUCAGAAUCGUCACGGCUAAGGGCAGGGUACAGCCAAUGCUUACUGGACUUUUAACUUGGGCCAGGUGUUGUACAAAGAGACCACUGCAUGUGUCAUCUAAUCCAGUCCUCUCUGUGCUAUUACUAACCGUACUUUGCAGAGAGGUGAGACUGAAGUAGAAAGGUUAAGGAAUUUGUCAUCACCGAUCUAUAUGACAAAACCAGAGGGAGAUCUGGUUCUAGCCAACUUCAAAGCUGACUUUAGCCUCUUUCCAAGAGCCUGGAACAAAGUACUGAGUGGUUUGUGUGCUGCUGAUCUGGGAUUUCCACUUCCUCCUUGAUGUGGGGAUAACCAGGGGGCCACACAGUGGAAGGAGCGGAGAUGAGAGCAUGGGGACAACAGUCACAGAUCCACUCUGUCCCACCUGUAGUACACACCAGAGCCUUCCACAGGGACGCAUGCACAACCCACUGUCCUGCUGCUGCCAAGGCUAAACUUCUCAGGAGCUGCAGGUAUGAUAUAGGGCAGAGGAGUUUUGAUUUUUCAUAGUGGAGCAUUUUUGCCUUAGGAUCCAGCAUGAAUCCACUGGGACCAGGACAACCUGCCAAACAGAUCUGUACUGUACAUGGUCUCUGCUUGCUUGUCCCAUAGGACCUGUCUCAGAACUGAAUUUUUGUCCUCCUUCCAACUCCCCUCUUGAUGCCUAUAAAACCACUAUAUGUAUUUUCUUGUUUGUAAAAGUAACACAUGUCAAUACUGGAGAAAGCUCAAAGAGCAUGAAUACCGAUGUGUAUCAGUUACCCAUCCCUAUGUCACAGAUUAUCUGAAACCUUGCACUGUGAAGCAAACUUAAGUUCUCACAUGGCUUGAGAAUGAGAAAUCUGGGAAUGGCCUAGCUGCUGGUGUCAUGAAGGGCAGCCAGGGGGUAGGUGGAGGCUCUAGUGAUAGGGCGUGGAGAAUUUGCUUUCAGAGGGAUGCUGGCUGGGCCCUUCAUUCUUACACGUAGACUUCUCCCAAGCGCUGCUCAGAACAUGACUUUUCUAAUACCACGCACCAGAGAGUGAACAAAAACAGAACUCACAAGCUCAUUUCAAAUUGACAGUUCAUCACAUAUGCAGCAUUCUGUUGGCCAAACACUGGUCUGAGAAUGAUAUCUUAGGGGUGGGAGUGUUUCUAGCACAGUUCAUCAUCAGUGAUCGCUACUGCUUCUUGUGAAGGUUGCCAACCACAGUGGACACAUUAUAACGUUAUAAUUAACUUAAGUUUGUACCUGGAGUCCCCCUCUUCCUCUCAAAGCAUUGCAAACUGUAAAAGACCACUUGGAGGUCACAGUGAUGGGAGUGUAGUGGUAAGUGGUCGGGACCCCAACAAACUGCCUUCUGAUUGCCUUCCGAGCCCAGGGCACACUGUGUGUGGAGUAGGGAAGGGAAGAGUAAUGGCAAUAGAGUGAAUGUUGUUCUUUUCUCUUAUGGGGAAUUCAUUCCCAGAACACUCUUGGGCUCCUCAUCCCAAUAGUCUGUCAACAGACUCAUAACUGAGAAUGGCCUCAGCUUAAGUCAUCAGAUUCCUGUGGUACCCACACUGACUUCAAGCUUUUUAUACUAAAAAAAAAAAAAUUGUGUGUGUGUGUGUCUGUGUGUGUGUGUGUGUCUGUGUGUGUGUGUGCAUGCACAUGAGUACAGGUGUCUACAGAGGCCAGGGAUACCAGAUACCCCUGGAGCUGGAAUUACAGAUGGUUGUGAGCUAGCUAUCUGAUGUAGGUCCUCUAGCCUGGGCUCCAACCGUUUACCUGGGACAGGCCCUCUGUGCAUAUUUCCAUCAGCUUUAUGGUGAAAACCAUUAGAUGCUCCAUAUCAACCGUCUGAGAGCUGUGACUUCUCAUGAAGCGCCCCUAAGGGAUGAAUGUUGGUUCUUGACUCUAUACGUCAUGCAGAAAGCAGAGACACAAACCAUUUAUAAGCAGCUGCAUAUUGUGUCUGUGGUAUUACAGGUUCACAGGGAAGGUGAUUAGGAGGAGAAUGGCUUAAAGGCUAUUUGGGAAAGCAGUGGUGGAAAAACAGGUUGAAAAACACUUAAGGUCCCGAGAGGCGAAGAGUAAUUACAUAAAUUACAAAAAUAUGGUUUUUGUUCUAUCCACACUUUUUAAUAGAAGACUUCCGUUUAACAGAAAUAUCAGGGAAAAUCAAAUGAAUCUUGAGACUCUGAAUUCAGAACAAGUCACAGAUGUUAAACACAGCAAGGGAGCCCCUUAAAUAGACUGCAUUUGGGGCACUUCAUCCAUCUGAUACUCUGUGGGGAUUUUUAAAUGAAGAUACAGAAAUUCCCCAAAUGGUUUUAUUCGUACUGGUAAUAUUCACUGAAUUUGAAUUGAUAUUAGACAUCUGUGAUCAAUUAGAUUUGGUCAUUGGCUAAUUACAUACAUUUAAAACAUAUCCAAGGCAAAGAUAUUAUAGUCGAGCAUAGUAAUUCAACUAAUAUUAUGAUUGAAAAUAUUCUAAUCUUUUAUCAGUGCAGGGUAGACACAUGAAGGAAUAUUAUUUUAUUUGCACAGUUUAUAAAGAGCUUUGAUAUAAAUUCCUUUUGAUGAUUUGUUCUUCUGAAGAGCCCUGCCGUGUGGAAAUUGUUUCCCUAUUUUCAUUUUAGGCAGAAGGAAGAUGAGGUUCAGCCCUUGACUGAUCCAUCCAAUAUGACUUUACCCCAGACUGGCCAGCCAGGUUCUAGCACCGUUUUCAUCGUCCCCUUCUCUGAAGAAGUAAGCCUAACUGUACUUUUUUUUUUUAUUAACUUGAGUGUUUCUUAUUUACAUUUCGAGUGUUAUCCCCUUUCCCGGUUGUUUCCGGGCAAACAUCCCCCUAAUCCCUCCCCGUCCCCUUCUUUAUGGGUGUUCCCCUCCCCAUCCUACCCCCAUUGCCGCCCUCCCCCCAACAAUCACGUUCACUGGGGGUUCAGUCUUAGCAGGACCAAGGGCUUCCCCUUCCACUGGUGAUCUUACUAGAAUGUUCAUUGCUACCUAUGAGGUCAGAGUCCAGGGUCAAUCCAUGUAUAGUCCUUAGGUAGUGGCUUAGUCCCUGGAAGCUCUGGUUGCUUGGCAUUGUUGUUCAUAAGGGGUCUCGAGCUCCUUCAAGCUCUUCGAGUUCUUUCUCUGAUUCCUUCAACGGGGGUCCUGUUCUCAGUUCAGUGGUUUGCUGCUGGCAUUCGCCUCUGUAUUUGCUGUAUUCUGGCUGUGUCUCUCAGGAGAGAUCUAAAUCCGGCUCCUGUCUGCCUGCACUUUUUUGCUUCAUCCAUCUUGUCUAAUUGGGUGGCUGUAUAUGUAUGGGCCACAUGUCAGGCAGGCUCUGAAUGGGUGUUCCUUCUGUGUCUGUUUUAAUCUUUGCCUCUCUAUUCCCUGCCAAGGGUAUUCUUGUUCCCCUUUUAAAGAAGGAGUGAAGCAUUCACAUUUUGAUCAUCUGUCUUGAGUUUCAUUUGUUCUAGGUAUCUAGGGUAAUUCAAGCAUUUGGGCUAAUAGCCACUUAUCAAUGAGUGCAUACCAUGUGUGUUUUUCUGUGAUUGGGUUACCUCACUCAGGAUGAUAUUUUCCAGUUCCAACCAUUUGCCUACGAAUUUCAUAAAGUCAUUGUUUUUGAUAGCUGAGUAAUAUUCCAUUGUGUAGAUGUACCACAUUUUCUGUAUCCAUUCCUCUGUUGAAGGGCAUCUGGGUUCUUUCCAGCUUCUGGCUAUUAUAAAUAAGGCUGCUAUGAACAUAGUGGAACAUGUGUCUUUUUUUAUAUGUUGGGGCAUCUUUUGGGUAUAUGCCCAAGAGAGGUAUAGCUGGAUCCUCAGGCAGUUCAAUGUCCAAUUUUCUGAGGAACCUCCAGACUGAUUUCCAGAAUGGUUGUACCAGUCUGCAAUCCCACCAACAAUGGAGGAGUGUUCCUCUUUCUCCACAUCCUCGCCAGCAUUUGCUGUUACCUUAGUUUUGGAUCUUAGCCAUUCUCACUGGUGUGAGGUGAAAUCUCAGGGUUGUUUUGAUUUGCAUUUCCCUUAUGACUAAAGAUGUUGAACAUUUCUUUAGGUGUUUCUCAGCCAUUCGGCAUUUCUCAGCUGUGAAUUCUUUGUUUAGCUCUGAACCCCAUUUUUUAAUAGGGUUAUUUGUCUUCCUGCGGUCUAACUUCUUGAGUUCUUUGUAUAUUUUGGAUAUAAGGCCUCUAUCUGUUGUAGGAUUGGUAAAGAUCUUUUCCAAAUCUGUUGGUUGCUGUUUUGUCCUAACCACAGUGUCCUUUGCCUUACAGAAGCUUUGCAGUUUUAUGAGAUCCCAUUUGUCGAUUCUUGAUCUUAGAGCAUAAGCCAUUGGUGUUUUGUUCAGGAAAUUUUUUCCAGUGCCCAUGUGUUCCAGAUGCUUCCCUAGUUUUUCUUCUAUUAGUUUGAGUGUAUCUGGUUUGAUGUGGAGGUCCUUGAUCCACUUGGACUUAAGCUUUGUACAGGGUGAUAAGAAUAGAUCAAUCUGCAUUCUUCUAUAUGCUGACCUCCAGUUGAACCAGCACCAUUUGCUGAAAAUGCUAUCUUUUUUCCAUUGGAUGGUUUUGGCUCCUUUGUCAAAAACCAAGUGCCCAUAGGUGUGUGGGUUCAUUUCUGGGAUUUCAAUUCUGUUCCAUUGGUCUAUCUGUCUGUCUCUGUACCAAUACCAUGCAGUUUUUAUCACUAUUGCUCUGUAAUACUGACUGCUUGAGUUCAGGGAUAGUGAUUCCCCCUGAAGUCCUUUUAUUGUUCAGGAUAGUUUUAGCUAUCCUGGGUUUUUUGUUAUUCCAGAUGAAUUUGCAAAUUGUUCUGUCUAACUCUUUGAAGAAUUGGAUUGGUAUUUUGAUGGGGAUUGCAUUGAAUCUGUAGAUCGCUUUUGGUAAAAUGGCCAUUUUUACUAUAUUAAUCCUGCCAAUCCAUGAGCAUGGGAGAUCUUUCCAUCUUCUGAGGUCUUCUUCAAUUUCCUUCUUCAGAGUCUUGAAGUUCUUAUUGUACAGAUCUUUUACUUGCUUGGUUAAAGUCACUCCGAGGUACUUUAUAUUAUUUGGAUCUAUAAUGAAGGGUGUCGUUUCCCUAAUUUCCUUCUAGGCUUGUUUCUCUUCUGUGUAGAGGAAGGCUACUGAUUUAUUUGAGUUAAUUUUAUACCCAGCCAUUUUGCUGAAGUUGUUUAUCAGCUUUAGUAGUUCUCUGGUGGAACUUUUGGGAUCACUUAAAUAUACUAUCAUAUCAUCUGCAAAUAGUGAUAUUUUGACUUCUUCUUUUCCGAUCUGUAUCCCCUUGACCUCCUUUUGUCUAGUCCCUGAUUUUAGUGGGAUUGCUUCAAGUUUCUCUCCAUUUAGUUUAAUGUUAGCAACUGGUUUGCUGUAUAUGGCUUUUACUAUGUUUAGGUAUGGGCCUUGAAUUCCUAUUCUUUCCAGGACUUUUAUCAUGAAGGGGUGUUGAAUUUUGUCAAAUGCUUUCUCAGCAUCUAAGGAAAUGAUCAUGUGGUUUUAUUCUUUCAGUUUGUUUAUAUAAUGGAUCAUGUUGAUGGUUUUCCGUAUAUUAAACUAUCCCUGCAUGCCUGGGAUGAAGCCUACUUGAUCAUGGUGGAUGAUUGUUUUGAUGUGCUCUUGGAUUUGGUUUGCCAGAAUUUUAUUGAGUAUUUUUGCGUCGAUAUUCAUAAGGGAAAUUGGUCUGAAGUUCUCUUUCUUUGUUGGGUCUUUGUGUGGUUUAGGUAUAAGAGUAAUUGUGGCUUCGUAGAAGGAAUUCGGGAGUGAUCCAUCUGUUUCAAUUUUGUGGAAUAGUUUGGAUAAUAUUGGUAUGAGGUCUUCUCUGAAGGUUUGGUAGAAUUCUGCACUAAACCCGUCUGGACCUGGGCUCUUUUUGGUUGGGAGACCUUUAAUGACUGCUUCUAUUUCCUUAGGAGUUAUGGGGUUGUUUAACUGGUUUAUCUGUCCCUGAUUUAACUUCGGUACCUGGUAUCUGUCUAGGAAAUUGUCCAUUUCCUGUAGAUUUUCAAGUUUUGUUGAAUAUAGGCUUUUAUAAUAAGAUCUGAUGAUUUUUUGAAUUUCCUCUGAAUCUGUAGUUAUGUCUCCCUUUUCAUUUCUGAUUUUGUUAAUUUGGACACACUCUCUGUGUCCUCUCAUUAGUCUGGCUACGGGUUUAUCUAUCUUGUUGAUUUUCUCAAAGAACCAACUUUUGGUUCUGUUGAUUCUUUCUAUGGUCCUUUUUGUUUCUACUUGGUUGAUUUCAGCUCUGAGUUUGAUUAUUUCCUGCCUUCUACUCCUCCUGGGUGUAUUUGCUUCUUUUUGCUCUAGAGCUUUUAGGUGUGCUGUCAAGCUGGUGACAUAUGGUCUUUCCUGUUUCUUUCUGCAGGCACUCAGAGCUGUGAAUUUUCCUCUUAGCACAGCUUUCAUUGUGUCCCAUAAGUUUGGGUAUGUUGUACCUUCAUUUUCAUUAAAUUCUAAAAAGUCUUUAAUUUCUUUAUUUCUUCCUUAACCAGGUUAUCAUUGAGUAGAGCAUUGUUCAACUUCCACGUAUAUGUGGGCAUUCUUCUCUAUUGUUAUUGAAGACCAGUUUUAGGCCGUGGUGGUCCGAUAGCACGCAUGGGAUUAUUUCUAUCUUUCUGUACCUGUUGAGGCCCGUUUUUUGACCAAUUAUAUGGUCAAUUUUGGAGAAAGUACCAUGAGGAGCUGAGAAGAAGGUAUAUCCUUUUGCUUUAGGAUAGAAUGUUCUAUAACUAUCUGUUAAGUCCAUUUGGCUCAUGACUUCUCUUAGUCUGUCUACGUCUCUGUUUAAUUUCUGUUUCCAUGAUCUCUCCAUUGAUGAGAGUGGGGUGUUGAAAUCUCCUACUAUUAUUGUGUGAGGUGCAAUGUGUGUUUUGAGCUUUAGUAAGGUUUCUUUUACGUAUGUAGGUGCCCUUGUAUUUGGGGUACAGAUAUUUAGGAUUGAGAGUUCAUCUUGGUGGAUUUUUCCUUGUUGAAUAUGAAGUGUCCUUCCUUAUCUUUUUUGAUGACUUUUAGUUGAAAAUUGAUUUUAUUUGAUAUUAGAAUGGCUACUCCAGCUUGCUUCUUCUGACCAUUUGCUUGGAAAGUUGUUUUCCAGCCUUUCACUCUGAGAUAGUGUCUGUCUUUGUCUCUGAGGUGUGUUUCCUGUAGGCAGCAGAAUGCAGGGUCCUCGUUGUGUAUCCAGUUUGUUAAUCUAUGUCUUUUUAUUGGGGAGUUGAGGCCAUUGAUGUUGAGAGAUAUUAAGGAUAGUGAUUAUUGCUUCCUGUUAUAUUCAUAUUUGGAUAUGAGGUUAUGUUUGUGUGCUUUUCUUCUCUUUGUUUUGUUGCCAAGACGAUUAGUUUCUUGCUUCUUCUAGGGUGUAGCUUGCCUCCUUAUGUUGGGCUUUACCAUUUAUUAUCCUUUGUAGUGCUGGAUUUGUAGAAAGAUAUUGUGUAAAUUUGGUUUUGUCAUGGAAUAUCUUGGUUUCUCCAUCUACGUUAAUUGAGAGUUUUGCAGGAUACAGUAACCUGGGCUGGCAGUUGUGUUCUCUUCGGGUCUGUAUGACAUCUGUUCAGGAUCUUCUGGCUUUCAUAGUCUCUGGCGAAAAGUCUGGUGUGAUUCUGAUAGGUCUGCCUUUAUAUGUUACUUGACCUUUUUCCCUUACUGCUUUUAAUAUUCUUUCUUUAUUUUGUGCGUUUGGUGUUUUGACUAUUAUGUGACAGGAGGAGUUUCUUUUCUGGUCCAAUCUAUUUGGAGUUCUGUAGGCAUCUUGUAUGCUUAUGGGUAUCUCUUUCUUUAGGUUAGGGAAGUUUUCUUCUAUGAUUUUGUUGAAGAUAUUUACUGGUCCUUUGAGCUGAGAGUCUUCACUCUCUUCUAUACCCAUUAUCCUUAGAUUUGAUCUCCUCAUUGAGUCCUGGAUUUCCUGUAUGUUUUGGACCAGUAGCUUUUUCCCCUUUACAUUAUCUUUGACAGUUGAGUCGAUGAUUUCUAUGGAAUCUUCUGCUCCUGAGAUUCUCUCUUCCAUCUCUUGUAUUCUGUUGGUGAAGCUCGUAUCUACAGCUCCUUGUCUCUUCUUUUGGUUUUCUAUAUCCAGGGUUGUUUCCAUGUGUUCUUUCUUGAUUGCUUCUAUUUCCAUUUUUAAUUCCUUCAACUGUUUGAUUGUGUUUUCCUGGAAUUCUUUCAGGGAUUUUUGUGACUCCUCUCUAUGGGCUUCUACUUGUUUAUUUAUGUUUUCCUGGAAUUCUUUUAGGGAUUUUUGCGAUUCCUCUCUGUAGGCUUCUACUUGUUCUCUAAGGGAGUUCUUCACGUCUUUCUUGUCGUCCUCCAGCAUCAUGAUCAAAUAUGAUUUUGAAACUAGAUCUUGCUUUUCUCGUGUGUUUGGAUAUUCCGUGUUUGCUUUGGUGGGAGAAUUGGGCUCCGAUGAUGCCAUGUAAUCUUGGUUUCUGUUGCUUGGGUUCCUGCGCUUGCCUCUCGCCAUCAGAUUAUCUCUAGUGUUACUUUGUUCUACUAUUUCUGACAGUGGCUAGACUGUCCUAUAAGCCUGUGUUUCAGGAGUGCUGUAGACCUGGUUUCCUGUUCUCUUUCAGCCAGUUAUGGGACAGAGUGUUCUGCUUUCGGGCGUGUAGUUUUUCCUAUCUACAGGUCUUCAGCUGUUCCUGUGGGCCUAUGUCUUGAGUUCACCAGGCAGGUCGCUUGCAGCAGAAAUGUUGGUCUUACCUGUGGUCCUGAGGCUCAAGUUUGCUCAUGGGGUGUUGCUUAUGAGCUCUUCUCGGCGGCAGCCACCAGGUAGAUCUGUGCCUCCCUUUCCGGGAGCUUAUGUGCACUAGGGUUCCAGAUGGCGUUUGGUGUUUUCCUCUGGAAUCAGUAAGGUGUGCAGAGUGCAGUCUCUUCUGGUUUCCCAUGCAUGUCUGCCUCUCUGAAGAUUUAGCUCUCCCUCCCACGGGAUUUGGGUGCAGAGAACUGUUUAUCUGGUCGGUCCCUUCAGGUUCAGGUGGUGUCUCAGAUGCAGCGGACCUGCUGCUCCUCAGCCCUCCUCUAUGGGAACCCAGAGGCCGUAUACAGUUUCCUCUUGGGCCUGGGAUGUGGGCAGGGGUGGGCAGUGUUGGUGGUCUCUUUUGCUCUGCAGCCUCAGGAGUGCCCACCUGUCCAGGCGGUGAGGUCUCUCUCCCACGGGGUUUGGGAGCAGAGAGCUGCUGCGGGCAGGGAUCUGCUGGUUUGGGACUCCCGCUAAAUCAAGCCUAACUGUUCUUAGGCAGUUCAGGUAGUGUGGCUUCUUCAGGCUGAAUAGGGAUAUGGAGUCUCUAAUCUUGAUCUCCAAAAGGAGGCAGGUAACUCAGUUGAUAAAUCUACCCUCUGGAACUUUCUGCAGUAGCCCCAAAUACCUCCUCCAAAUGGAAUUUCUCUCUGUGCUUGGUAAACACAGCUUCCUCUGCAUUAUGUGGCCAUCUAGUCCUAUACAGCAGUGGCUCUCAACCUUCCUAAUGCUGCGACCCUUUAACACAGUUCCUCUUGUUGUGGUUACCCUCCAACCAUAGCAUUAUUUUCACUGCUAUUUCAUAACUGUAGUUUUACUACUGCAAAACUUUACUACUGUUAGGAGUUAUAAUGCAAAUAUUCGUGUUUCCUGGCGGUUUUAGGCAACCUCUUUGAAAGGGUUAUUUGACUCGCAAGGGAGUGGCAACGUACAGGUAACCUGUUGCCAUACAGCAUUUAGAAUUUUAGUCCCCAAAGAAGACAAUUCUCCAGAGCUCCGCCCCCACUCAUAAGUGCCAGCCAAGUAAAGGUGAAAGCACUGGACGGGGCAAGGUUAAGCGCUGACUUUACUUCCCGCAGCCCGUGCUGGCCACACAGCAAGUCAGUGGCCUAUCAGUUCCAUCCUGCUUGAUACAUGCUGAGCCUCCCACAUGGGCGAACUGGUUCAAAUCCCGCCCUUCACCCUGUAUAUUCCCAGCCCCAACCCCUGCACUCUCCUGGAGCAAAAUCACCUUCAGAAUUGACUCAAUAGGAGAAAUAAAUUUAAGUUCAACCUUAAAAUUAUUUUCAAAAAUUAAAAUAAAUUGAAAGACACAGCUCAGGCUCAACUAUCUCUAAACUUUUAAAACUUACAUUUAUUUAUUUAUCUAUCUACUAUCUAUCUAUCUAUCUAUCUAUCAUCUAUCGAUCUAUCUAGGAUAUGUAAGCGGGCACAUGUGUGCCACAGUGUGAGUGUGGACGUCAGAGGAAAAUUUCUACGAAUCCAUUCUCUUCAUCUACUGCGUGGGUCUGUGAUGUUGAACCUAGGUCAUUGGACCUGGAACCAAGCACUUUUUCUCACUGAGCCAUCUUGUUAGUCCUACCCUUAAAAUUCUGGUGCUGGUUUCAGCUAUUCUGGUUGAAGCUAUUGCAGUCUUAUCUUUUGUGAUGCAUGAACACAAUGCUGAAGAUUGUUAAAAAGUUACCUGAAUGUGGAGAUGUUGAGGGGGAGAAGCAGAGAUGAGAAAAUUAAGAAGCCAGAAGUGGAAUCCGGAGGUCUGCUUGGGCUGAUGAACUACACCAGGAAGUUGAUUAAGAAGUAUGGCACCUUACAUACUAUUACAGGGGGAAAGGGGACAGAGUUGGCAGAAAACCAUACAGCGGGACAUAGACAGCAGAAACCUAAGCAAGCAGUGUUGCACAAAGAGAACAGACGAUUUAAGUCCACCGCAGACCAAGCACACAGGGACCCAGGACAGAUAACCAUAGCCCCUUAGGAGGGAAGAGUUGGGUUCUCAGGAUCCCAAAUCACAGCUGCCUCGAGGCGCUGGCCCCAUGCCAUCACCGGCUUUGCCAAGUGUGUUCCUGGUUUAGAGAAGAAACUAUGUUCCUCCUCCAUACUUGACAGUCUGAGGGAAAGCCUUGGAGUAUCCUUAGCUCUCCCCAAAAUGUUCUUCAUUCAGGAACAAGACAUCUAGUUUUCCUUAAACCAUAAGGUUUAAGGUUCAUGAGGUUCAUAAGGUGAAGGUUCAUGAGUGAAUUCUGUGUUCUGCUUGGCUUGUCCCAACCAUCUCUCACUGACAGCUAUUUCCCAUUGACAACCAUCUCGAUGACAAGCACCUCUCAAUGUCUCCCAUUGACAAGCUGCCUCUCCUUGACAACCAGCCCUGAUGCACUGACAACCAACCCUCAUUCACUGACAACCAACCCUCAUUCACUGACAACCAACCCUUAUUCACUGACAACCAACCCUCAUGCACUGACAACCAACCCUCAUGCACUGACAACAAACCCUCAUUCACUGACAACAAACCCUCAUUCACUGACAACCAACCCUUAUUCAUUGACAACUAACCCUUAUUCACUGACAACCAACCCUCACUCAUUGACAACCAGCCCUCAUGCACUGACAACCAGCCCUCAUGCACUGACAACCAACCCUCAUGCACUGACAACCAGCCCUCAUGCACUGACAACCAGCCCUCAUGCACUGACAACCAACCCUCAUGCACUGACAACCAACCCUCAUGCACUGACAACCAGCCCUCAUGCACUGACAACCAGUCCUCAUGCACUGACAACCAACCCUCAUUCACUGACAACCAACCCUCAUUCACUGACAACCAACCCUUAUUCACUGACAACCAACCCUUAUUCACUGACAACCAACCCUCAUGCACUGACAACAAACCCUCAUUCACUGACAACAAACCCUCAUUCACUGACAACCAACCCUUAUUCAUUGACAACUAGCCCUUAUUCACUGACAACCAACCCUCACUCAUUGACAACCAGCCCUCAUGCACUGACAACCAGCCCUCAUGCACUGACAACCAACCCUCAUGCACUGACAACCAGCCCUCAUGCACUGACAACCAGCCCUCAUGCACUGACAACCAACCCUCAUGCACUGACAACCAACCCUCAUGCACUGACAACCAGCCCUCAUGCACUGACAACCAGCCCUCAUGCACUGACAACCAACCCUCAUGCACUGACAACCAGCCCUCAUGCACUGACAACCAGCCCUCAUUCACUGACAACCAACCCUCAUGCACUGACAACCAGCCCUCAUGCACUGACAACCAACCCUCAUUCACUGACAACCAACCCUCAUGCACUGGCAACCAGCCCUCAUUGACAGAAUCUCCCAGCAUCUUGAUACCAGGUUCCCAUAGGUCUUCUUUUCCUUCGUCUCCUCUGCACUAGUUUUUGAGAUAGUCUCAUGUCGUGUAGGCUGGCCUUGAACUCUGGGUAGCUGAGUAGGAACUUGAACUCUUGAUCUGCCUGCCUCUGCCUCUCAAACACUGGGAUUGCAGGCAUGGACCUUUUCUCCUUUAUAUUUUUUAAUCUUGAUUUUAUUCUGCUUAGUAUUAUACUGUAAAAAAUUUUCAUUUUUUAAUAAUUAUUACAAACAUGUAUUUUAUCAGGUUUAUAUGGCUAUCAUUUUAAUUGUUCUUUUACAAACGUAUGAUGUCAUUUUUCACACUUGCAUAUAACAUUGAACAAGUGUCUUUACAGAUGGAGUUUUUAAAAAUUCUUUGCACCUUGGAGUCAUUAUCAGUCGUGGAGUGACCAGGUCAAAGGGGACAGUCAUCGUCCCCUCCUUGCCCUCUCUUACACUGGUGUCUACCAUCUUUCCUGACCAUGCCUCAGCUCUGCCCACGUGAGUCAAGUCUAAGUCGAAUUCGUCCCCCAGAACCAUGUUUUGACUCUUUGUUCCAAAUGCUCAGGAUUGUGGUUCUGUUCCAAUAACGCUGUCAGAGCCCAGAAUAGUGUGGAGAUUUUUCUUCGGGAAAUUGCUGUCAAAACCAUUGGCAUGUUCUUUUGAAUAUCCUUAUUGGUAACAAAAUUUGGCAUUUAGAAGCUGGAUUUUAAUUUCUGGAAGGAAUUAGUAUCUUUGACAUACCUUUCUGUUUCUAAGAGGGUUCUCUUAGAAGUCAGAACUAGGUAGAGUUUAAAUGUGAAGUGAAUUGUUUACCUAGCUGAGGGCUAAGGCCACAAAAGAGAACUAGACAUUGCAACCAGAGUGGCUGCCUAAGAGUUGCCUCCCUUAAGGAUGGCGUGCCCUAGGAAGAUGCGGUGUAACCACAUGCUAUUGGUUUGGAGGCCUGCCCCACUAGGCCCCUCUGGCUGGGGUACACUGGGUGCUGGGGUCUGCAGCCUUGGCUCUGUAGAACUGGGAGUCUGACUUGAACGGCAGUGCCUGCAGCGGGGACUGUGUUUGUGAGAGGACCCACGGAAGGUGGCUGUGAGCCCGUGGAGUGACUGAGACCCGGAUGCACCUGUGUUGGUGGGCUCAGUUACCGCCACACGGCUGAGGUACUGUUGCUGAGCAACGCAGAAAGGAACAGCGUGUUAACAGAGGGAUCUCUUUCUGGUCCUCCAGCCUUCCAGCAACCCUGGCAUCCCUGAUGCUCAGGAACCCAAGAAAGAGCUGGCUGUGGAAGGAAAGUGUUGUUUACAGAGGGUGGCCUCAGCCUCAGCCUCAGCCAGUAGAGCCUGGCAGAGAGGCGCGCUGCCUGGCUGAAGCCGGCGUGCAUCUGCUACUUUGCUAAGUUUUUCCAAAGUGCUUCACCUGUGUUGAAGAUGUGUGCCUUAUUUGGACAAGGACAUAGAGAAAGGAUGUAACAGGCGGGACCUUUAGAAUGAGGACACACAUCUUACUCUCUUCAUUCCUUGUCCCUACAUCUGCUGAGGCUGAGCUUCCUUUCUGAUGACAAAGGGAGGAGGUGUCUUGUUCCUGAGACGGUCUGUGAUAUAAGAUGGCAGGAAGACCCAGAGGUCAGGCCAUAGGCUAAAAGCCCUCCUGCAACCCGCUCAGGUCUAUGCAGCUCACAGACAUGUUUGGAGGAGGUGGAUGUCUUGUGGGAACUGUAAGUGAAAAUAGGUUCAACUUAGCAUCAGGAAGAUGAGGGGAGGAGAGGAGAGGAGAGGAGAGGAGAGGGGAUGCCAGGAGGGAAAAGGGACGAGCCAACACUGGCCCAGGAGCAAGGGCCACAGAAACCUGUGACUGCAGAAAGCUCAAGACCCUCUGUGACCUGUGUAAUUGGUCUGUACCUUAUGGCUUUGUGGGAGAGGGGAGUGGAAACCUUGCUAAGUGACCUUUAAAUUGUACUUACACACAAGGAGAAGCUGAGGCUCAGAAAGGCUAAGUAGCAUGACCAAGAUCACACACUUAGAAAACUUGGUUUUGAACUCAGUUCUGUAUGAUUUCCUAAACCUCCCUCUCCAAGGUGGAAUGGGCAGGGGAGGCCACAAGAACACCAUUACCACUGAUUCAAAUAGAACCCUACUCCCAGAGUUGGGCUAAGUGCUGGUUCAGUCCUCAGAAUUCCAUGCAGCAGACAUCGCUCUGAACAAACAGAUGCAUGACAGGCUGAGAAAGGCUGGAAGCACGCACCGUUCAACACUUGUGUUCUCACUCAGUGAGUCUUAAACGUUAGUGUGCCUGGGGAUCCCCGGGGAUCUUGUUAAAGGCAGAUGCCUAUUUCGUAGGCCUUAAGGAGGGAUGCUGAUGAUGAGUUCGCUAAGGCUCUUAACAGCGAUGCUAUUGCUUCUCUCCUGUUAAGCACACCAUCUUUUCCAUGUGACUUACUGUCACCUAUAAGCCAGGAAGCCUCUUGCUCAAGCCCAGUUGUCAUGUGAUACCUGAGCCGUGCCCUUCCCUCUCUUUGCUCCCGUUGAACAUUUUCAGAGGAAGUUAAGUAACCAAACAAAUCCAUCAUCCGGCAGGCCAUUAGGCAAAAACACGUGGUUUUUGCCCCCAUGUGUCUACAUUCAAUUAAUGAAGCUGUCAUUAAAGCCUGGGAAAUGUGUCAAGAAAAUUAGUUUUGGGUGUUGGAUUGUUUAGUUCUAGAAUAAUUUCCAUCCUUUUUAAUGAGCAGUGUUUGAAAUGCCAUCACCCUUACCCUUCUCCAUCAGGGGUGUAUAGCACAGGAUACACAGAAGCCUAACUAACAUCUUGGGGGUCAGUGGAAUCUUCACAGGAAGUCGUUAAUAUCCUCUCUGCCCUGUCCCUUCAUUACCACAGGACCUCUGUUUGAGAGUGUUUUCAGAGCCAUGCAUUCCUUUAAGGGAAAGAGAAUCAGACACAGCUUGGGAAAGCUGUGGCUGACUUCAGAAACGGACAGACAGAAUAUUAACCAGGCAUCCACCACCAGUGGUAUCUGCCCAUAUCAGAAAGCCUUAAGGAAGAGUUAUUUUCAUCCCCUAAAAAGAGACGUUUAUUUUCUAAACGUCCGACUUAAAGGAAUAUUUUAUUUCAAGAAACAAAUGAGGUGGGUUAAUAUUUUAAACGGCUAUGCUUUCCCUGUGGUGUUUCUGUCUCUGUAUCUGCAUUUCCUCCUGCAGCCUGUCUCACGCUGACCUCGGCAUUCUCAACGCUCACUGUGAGGUUGUUAUAGCAGUAAUGCAAAGAAAAUCAAAAUAAGUCACUGUGGAGGGUUGUUGGCACUUGGAAGCUGAGUCUGGGCUUUGACAAUAACUCUGUAAAAAUACUUGCAAAGUAAUUUGUGUCCCCACCCAGACAAGCUAAAACUCUCCAGGCUGACUGUUGAGGAAGCCACCCAGGAAGGAAACAAAGUUAACUGGUGAUGGAGGUGUUUGCAAAGGGUCUUUGUUUUGCAUCUUGCUUCAUGGGCUGAUUGCACAGAGUGGGUGUGGGGACAACACGUAGAUACUGAGUGAGGGAUGGUCCUGCUUGUUGUUCAUUGUCUGUGUGCUCUUGAGACAGUAUGUGCUGAGAGGGGUUGUGUCGUUGUUUUGUUUUCCCUGUAAUACCUUCAGGCAUUAUGUCAUGUCAAAAAUUUGAUCAUUAAAAAGAAAAAGAAUGAUUUAUUCAUUUUGACUUUGCGUUCAUCGGUGUUUUGCCUACAUGUACGUCUAGGGCAUUGGAUCCCCUGGAGCCUGAGUUACAGAUAGAUGCAAGCUGCCUUGUGGGGUCUGGGAAUUGAACCCAGAUCCUCAGGAAAAGCAGCCAGUUCACUUAACAACUCAGCCCUCUCUUUAGCCUUGAAUCUGGCCAUUUUUGUUGAGGAGUAACAUGACAGUGUGAAGCAUGCUUUGGAGGCUGGAGGGAUUUAAGAACUCAUACUGCUCUUACCGAGGACCUGAAUUCUGUUCCCACGUCUGGUGGCUCACAACAGCUUUAAUUCCAGCUCCAGGGGAUCUGGUGUCCUAUUCUUGUCUCCGCAGGCACCUAUACUCACCCACAAAUUAAUCUCCCAUAAUUAAAAAUUAAAAAGUAAAUCUUAAGAAAGCUGCUUUUACUUGAGACUAUCCAUUCUUUCUUUGGGCUCAGAAGGUUACUAAGAAUCAGGAUGGAAGCCUGGGAUCUCUGUCUUCAUUUUGGGUGUCUCCAGUAUAAGUCUUUGUCCUACACAUGCAGCGACCUUGGAUUUCACAAGGCAUGAAAUCUCUCAGGUCGGGCCAUCCCCAGAUGAAGCAAUUACCCAUGAGUGUGAGGCUGCACCCUGAAGCCAUGUGACCUUCUCCUGAGAACCAACCCCUCUUCUCAGGUAUAAGGAGCUGCAGAGCACCUUACAGGGUCUGAAUUGAGACAGCAGUCGGUGAGACUGCACACAGGUCAGGACUGUAAUGCAUCCUUACCCCAAUUAUUUAAACCUAUACAUACUUCAUGGCAGCCUGUAAAAUACAGACUCGGGGCUCCUGGAUACUUUAGCUGUCCCUCUUCCAAUGUGGCCACGUUGACUGAAUCUCCUUUCAAAGCUUGUCCCUUUAAUUGGUGCACUGGGGUGGGCAGCUGAGCUUAGCUUGUUGGAACAAACAGGUUUAGCCAUCUACCAGGAACACUCCAAUCAGCACAGCACACGUAUGUGAAUGUUCGUUCAGGCAUUCGCCGAGUAGAUGUUUGGGUAACUUCCAUUCUGACCACUUAUUUGGCCGCUGGGAUAAGAGGUGAUGUUUCCAGAAGCCCAGACAACAGACCUCCACACAGUCAGCCUUCUGGGUUCUCAGGUUCCACACCUUUGGAGUCAACCCACUGCAGAUGAAGAGUACUUGGCAAAAGCAACUGGACUGCUAAAUAUGCACAACUGUUUUCCUUGUCAUUGUGCCCUAAACCAGUCAGGAUAAUGACCGUUUGCACAGCAUCACAUGGUCUUGGGUGUUACAAGAAAUCUCGGGUAGAUUUAAAGUAUACAAAGUACACAGGGGACAGGGGAGGCCCGUGGAGAUACCAUGCUAUUUCCAGGAAGUGAUUUAUGCAGCUGUGGGUUUCGGCAUCCAUGGAGGAUCCCUGUAGCUGCUGAGGGAUGCCUGCCUCCUUUUCUUACUGGUUUCAGGAGGUUUUGCCUUCUCCCUGAAAAAAAAAAAAACUUGCCAAACUGACUUUGUUGGAAGAGGAGAGAUGGGAGUCAGUAUCCACAGUCAGAAAUUCAGCAUCGCUUUAGCAAACUGACUUUUGGGGAUGGUUUGUUAUGAAACAGUUAACUCAUAGAGCCUCCUCCUCCACAAGAGAUUCCAUGGACAUCCAUUCCAGUGGCUUCUCUGCACCUUUAGUUGUUGUUUAUUAUAAAAAUGUUCUGGAACACUGACAACUUAGAGAAAUUAGUGUAUCAGUUUGAUGAGGGUACUCAUUGAUUUUCCCUACAUUACCCAUCAGUAAUAUGGUCAGAAGCACCUAUCUUUUUGUAUAAUAUUAAGGUAUGUUAAUUGAGUAUAUUAAUGGGGUGGAUUUUCCCCUAGAAACAAUGGGCACCGAUCAAAUCUAGUGCUAUGGUAACUACCUUUUAGAUCAACAUAGUUUAGCUUCCACAUAUGAGAGAGAACAUUCUAGAUCAACUAUACAGUAUUCUUCUAUAUCUGGCUGAUUUAAUAAUAAUGCCCACCUGUUUCAAAUAUUUGCUAAAAUGGUAUGAUUUAUUCUUUUCUUUACAGAUAAAAAUAUUUCAUUUUAUAAAUAUAAAUAUGGCAUUUUUUGUAGCUCCCAGAUCUGAAAAUGUCUUUAUUUUUUAGAAAAUGGAUUCCAGGAGGUUAAAAAGCAAUACCAGAGGGCAUAGGUGCAGAACUGGAUGUAUGUAGUCAUUCAAGCAUCCAAGUAAGAAUACGGCAAUAUAAAUAUCCAAAAAGCAUCUCUUAGGUCUUCAAAACAAAAUGUAUAAGUAAUUCCUAAGUAGUGAGCAGUACAACAUUUCCUAGAUGGGAGAAACAGCUAACAGUAAAGUCUUGAAAGCCUUUCCCUUGGUUAAUUACAUGUAGACAGUUUGGCUUUGAUCAAACUCCUUUAAACAUGGAUAACAGUAUUACACAGGUCCACCGUUAAAACAGACAACAUGUUGCAACUUAUUUGUGGUAUAAUGUGUUCCAACAAAGCUUAGGAAAUAAAGACGUUGAGUUGACUUUGGACUAAGUUUAAUAGUCAUCUCUAUACAGGUUGGGCGCAGCAGUAUGGUAUGUUCAAACUGUGCUGUGUAUGAUCCUUUAAUGUCACAGAGUGGUGGAUAUGGAUCUACAAUGCCCAAGUCACACACAGAUUCUUCAGAGCCACUAAGGAUUUACUUUCUCCCAAGCAAUCCAGCCACAUUCGGCAGAAGGCUAGGGCACCAGUGUUUUCGUUGAUGGCAUUUAACAAGUGUUUUGUUCUUGGAAGCCUUUUUGGCACAUGUCCCACAUCAAAAUUUUUCAUGUAGUGUGAACAUUCCAUGUCAUCAUGAACCACACACUUCCCUGUGCUACCCAAGGUCUCAAUGGCAUACACCUCUCCUUUCUCCAUUCUUGUAGCUUCCCUCCUUUCACAAUGGGCACUGUUUUUCCAGUGUGAAUUCUAUAUGGCCCAAUUGAAUGUCCACUUAAGUUACAUAUGGGUUUUACUUGAUGUCUUCCCAUCUAUUUCUACUUCAUAGGACUCCAAAACUUCUUGAAUGGCCUCACUGACAUCAUAGAGACGAACAUCAAUCCCAGCACACUUCAUUCCAGUAUUAGUGGCAUCUUUUACAGCUUUUAAUAAUAUGUCAUACUUGGGAUUAAAAGUAACAGUAAAAGUACAGUCGAUUAUUCUACCACUUAUAUACAUUCCAAAGUUGGUCUUACAGAUGUCAUCGUAUGGUAAGACUGUCGUGUCACCAGCAUUGGUGUAGUGCGCGGCGCGGCGAAGUAAAGAUGGCGCCGACAGCCAGUCCCGUUCGAAUGU